AUGAGUUGCAUUACGUUCGUUGGUGCCCGACCCGAGGUUCUGGUACAGGGUAUGACAAACUCCCGGGCGGGCCCGGGCACUGCCCCCGGCGCAGCGCUGCCGGGCCCCCUGCAGAUCCUUCCAUCAUCCGGAAUUCUGUCAUCGGGAAUCAUGAUCGGAUCUCGGUUGUUUGCCAAUUCGGGUCACCCGCCCCGCGCCGCGGCGGCGCGGAACUCCCGUAAGGUGCGUUGUACAUGGGGGUUCUCAUUCGACGGAGGGGGAAAGAAGGUGACCUUGCACAACAUGUCGAACCUUGGGCCCUACAUUGAACCUCAGACCCCAGUCGAAGGCCGCACGAUUGAUGAUGAUGACGAUGAUGAUGACGAUGAUGAUGACGAUGAUGGCGACGACAGCAUCGUCGUCACAACGCAAGAGCCAAAAGAGCCAAAAGACCAACGCACCCAAGGCAGGGACCUCGCGGGAGACUACACGGCACACAUCCGGGCCAAAAGCUACCUCUGA